GACCAAUCACCGGCCAUGUCAGCCAAAGCAGAAACACUCUCGCCGGGCCCUUCAAAAGCUGGCCAACGCCAACCUAGUACUGUGACUAGAGCGUCGCGUCUGCAGGUAACUGAGAGAGUAGUCUGCGAGGAACUUGCAUGCAUGGCGCCCCUUCUUCCUCCCUCGCCUCCGUCCGGCAGCCCGAGGCUGCUCAAGAGCGGCAGCGGCAGCGAGUGGAGCGUGGUGGUGCAGAGCAACGUCAAGUCCUCGCUGCUGCUCCUGCUGGCCAUCUCCACGGUCGCCGCGUUCUCCAUCCUCUACUCGUCCCGGAGCUUGACGGUGGCCAGGACCGCCGGCGAGGCGCUGACGCAGAGCCCCCUGCUCGCCGCCCUCGACCUGAGCAGCCGGAUGCCAGAGGAUGACGACGACCAAAGCGAUGAACCUGCAGAGGUCGUCUCCUUGCCAGCUGCUGCUCCGAGCACCGGUGAGGCAGCCAUGCAGCUCGAGGAGAAAUGCGACAUUUCCAGGGGGAAAUGGGUGCGGGAGCCGAAUGGCCCGGUGUAUACUAACCUGACGUGCCCCAUGCUGCCGGACUUCAAGAACUGCCAGAAGUUCGGCAAGGACGAUGCCCACCUCUACUGGCGGUGGCAGCCGGACGGCUGCGAGCUGCCGCGGUUCGUGCCGGAGCGGUUCCUCGACGUCGUCCGCGGGAAGCGGCUCGCCUUCAUCGGCGACUCGCUGGCCCGCAACCAGAUUGACUCCCUGCUUUGCCUCCUGUCCCAGGCCGAGGCGCCCGUGGACGUGUACUCGGACGCGUUCGACAAGUACCGGACAUGGCACUUCCCGGCGCACAACUUCACGCUCAUGGUGAUGUGGACCGAGUUCUACGCGCACGCCGUCCCCGUCGCCGGCGCCGAGGGGAAGCCCACCUCCUCCUUCGACAUCCACCUCGACAGGCUCGGCGCCGACUGGACCAGCCGCCUGCCGGGCCUGGACUACGCCGUCAUCUCCGGCGGCAACUGGUUCUUCCGCGUCAACUACCUCUGGGAGGGAGGCCGCCGCAUCGGCUGCCUCAACUGCGCCGGCAACGACGCCAACCUCACCGACUUCGGCGUCGCCUACGCCGUCCGCCGCGUCGUCAGGGCGGCCGUCGAGGCCAUCGCGCAGUGCCGGGGCUGCAAGACCAGCCUCGUCACCUUCCUGCGGACCUACUCGCCGGACCACUUCGAGCAUGGCUCGUGGUUCGACGGCGGCUACUGCAACAGGACGGCGCCGCUGCAGGAGCGGGAGGUGAGCAUGGAGAGCAUCGCGUGGGAGCUGAGGAGGGUACAGAGGGAGGAGGUGAGGCGGGUGAGGGCGGCCAAGAGCGGCGGGGGCGCGAGGAGGUUCGGGGUGCUGGACGUGACCAAGGCCAUGAUGAUGCGCGCCGACGGCCACCCCGACAAUCACUUCGACAGCAGGUGGAGGAGGAACGGCAGCGACUGCCUGCACUGGUGCCUGCCGGGGCCCGUCGACAUGUGGAACGGCGUGCUGCUCCAGAGGCUCGCGGAGCUCACGCCGCCGCCGGCCGCGCCGUGAUCAUCCCGCCUCGCGUACGUCGUUUUGCCUUGUCCAUGUCGUGCUGUACGUUGUUGCCCCCAGUUAGGAAUCAUGCAGCUUUUGAAAGUUGUUAUAACUGUAUAAAACCCACCGCAAAUAUUGUAAUCCUACUUAAACUGUUGAAAGAAUUUUUGUACUUACGAAGUGGCGCAUGAGUUCAACUUACACUAA